AUGAGUAAUGUAACCUCAUCUUCUAGAUGUCCUUUCAAGUAUCCAACUGAGCAUCUUAAAAAUGAUAAUAAAAGCAUGACUUUUAGAGAUUUCAUGCAAUAGCAAUAAAUAAAAGAAGAUUAAAAAUUCUAAAGCACAGGAUAAUUGUCUACUCUUUAAACUUCUCCAAUAAUGUCAAAGAAAUAAAGAUGGGAAAAAUAGUUAAGUUCUCUAUUACGUUAAGAACCUUAGAAUCAGUUCAUAAUUAAACAUGGCUCAUAAAGUCAAGUGACAAUUAAUGAGUUUGGAAAUAAAGUUAAGAGUUUUAGAAGUCAAGAAUAAUCACCUACCAAAACAUUAUAUCAAUUACCUAUGAUUAGUGAUUCUUAGAUUUGUGAUAUUGUUCUACCUAAUACUCCAGUUCAUUUCAAAUUUACUCCUUUUUAACAUAAAAUUAGGAAUCCACAUAGCAAUAGUUUAAGAAAUGUUCAUGAAUAAUUAGAGUAACUUAGAAGACCAAAAGUAUAAUAAUAACAUCGUGAAUUAAAACAACUUCCAAAAACAUAAACAGAAAUCAUAAGCAAAUUUUUUGAGACUAAAUUCUAAAAGAUAAUAAAGACUUAAAUCAAAUAAUAUGGUAGUAAUGAAUUACUUGAUUAACAUUCUGAAUCACUUUAUCAUAGAGUAAUUUAAGAUCGUUAACUAAAAAAUAAAUAUUUUGGAAAACACCUUAAGUACUUGAAGGAUAUUUAUAAAAGUAUUUUAGGAAUUGGAUAUACAUAAGAAAUAUUACUUGAUCCAUUUAGAAUGAGAAGUAUUCAUGCUCCACUCUUCAUAAAGAAAGAAUAAUUCAUUAGAUUUAAAUAUCUAUUUAUUAAUUAAUAUAUGGAAAUGGAAACUCCUGUAGAAUUACUUUUUAAAGGUUGUUAUAAAUUAGAAAAUUUUAAACCUUUAAUUCUAAAUUAAAGAAGUGAUUUUGAAAUAUUUGGAGGAGAAUCUGGAAUUAAUGAAGUAGCUAAGAAUAUGUAUGAAAAGAUAUUCAAAGAUUACACAUUAAGUCCAUAUUUUAAAGCAAUUGAAUUAGAAGAAUAAGCUAUUAAAUUUGCUAAAUUAUUUGCUUAAUUAAUUGAUCAUACUGAAUCUCCUAAUUAUACUCUUGAAGUACUUAGAGAAAGACAUGUCAAAUAUAAAUUAACACAUGUUUAAUUGGCUAAUUUCAAAUUUUAUUUAUCUACUGCUUUAUAAAAAUUAGGAAUUGGAUAUAAACAUUUAAGAAUAUUAUUAAGAAAAAUGGAUACUUAUAAAUUUGCUAUUUUGAAUAAACCUUCACUCUAAGAAUGUAUAAAUAAUGCUCCAGGAGGAUAUAGAGAAUUUAUUGAAAACUUUGUACGUCUUUGUUCUAGUGAACCUAUACUAUAUGAUUUAGUUUAAAAGAGAGGUAAAUAAAGAUUUACUGCUCAUUGUGAAAAUGUCUUUCAUUAUUUCUUCAGAGAUAAUGUAAAAUCAAUCACAGAUGAUGAUAUAGAAUCUAUUCAUAAAAAUAAAACAAUCAUUUCUGAAAAAGUAUAUAGGAAAUUUAAAGAAAAAGCUAUGCAAGCUGUAGGCAAAGUAACAAAUGAUCCAAUUUUAUUAAGUGAUUUCGAAGAAGAUUGGGAAGAAAUUACACCUAUUCUUAUGAAUAAACCUAAAAAGACUACUAUUAAAUUACUUGGAGGUUAAGCAGUUAUUAAUCGUAUUGCAUCUAAAUUAGAAAAUGAAAUUAUGUAACGACCAUUACUUUAUAAAGUAUUUGAAGUAAUAUCUAUAUUAUUAUAUUAAAGGAUAAUGAAUCUUAAGUUGGUCCUAAUUUAAAAUGCAAAUUAAAUUUAAUUCUUUAUGGAUUACAUUUCUACAAACGUACAGAUAUUGAAGUUCUUCACAAGAGAUUACGUAUUCGUGAAUAAGCAUAUUUUGAAUUUUAAUAAGUUAAAAUUACAUAUUAAUUUUAGGCCAUGAAGGUUGUAAUGUAGGAUGAACCAUCUAAAUUAUAAUGGGUUAUUGAUGUUAUUGAUGAUUACAAGAAACAUAUAGUUUUUGAUUGA